AUGUGUCUCUAUGAUCUAUGGUUUUAAACGCCACUUUUGUGGCCAUUUUGAUUUGCACCUAAUAUUUUGCCGUGGAUAAUUUCAGAGUGUGGUAUUUGAAGAUUUUAUUAUUCGUGCGUGAAGGAAAGCAAUGGGAGAAGAUAAAGAACGUCGACGCCGAUCACGCUCAAGGGAACGGAGACGUUCUAGAUCCCGGUCAAGAGAUCGUCGUGAAAAGAGACGAAGCCGAUCGAGGUCUCCGAACAAAAGGUCUCGCCGAAGAAAACCAUCUCUGUAUUGGGAUGUACCGCCACCGGGCUUCGAACAUAUUACGCCGCUACAGUAUAAAGCGAUGCAAGCUGCUGGACAGAUACCGGCCAACAUUGUUGCAGAUACUCCUCAAGCCGCCGUACCGGUGGUUGGUUCCACCAUAACACGCCAAGCACGUCGCUUGUAUGUAGGAAACAUACCAUUCGGUGUGACGGAAGAAGAGACAAUGGAAUUUUUCAACCAACAGAUGCAUCUGUCUGGUCUAGCGCAAGCCGCCGGCAACCCUGUCCUGGCGUGUCAAAUCAACUUAGACAAAAACUUUGCAUUCCUUGAAUUUAGGUCUAUAGAUGAAACCACACAAGCAAUGGCCUUUGACGGUAUUAAUUUUAAGGGCCAGAGUUUGAAGAUUCGCCGGCCUCAUGAUUACCAGCCUAUGCCGGGAACUGAAAACCCAGCUAUUAAUGUUCCAGCUGGUGUUAUCAGCACUGUGGUACCAGAUUCACCUCACAAGAUAUUUAUUGGUGGAUUGCCAAAUUACUUGAAUGAGGACCAAGUGAAAGAACUCUUGAUGUCAUUUGGCCAGCUGCGAGCUUUUAAUUUGGUGAAAGACUCAUCUACAGGAUUAAGCAAAGGCUACGCCUUUGCAGAAUAUGUGGACAUUUCAAUGACUGAUCAGGCUAUAGCCGGUCUUAAUGGAAUGCAGUUGGGCGACAAGAAGCUGAUUGUACAAAGAGCCAGUAUUGGCGCUAAGAAUUCCACCUUAGCAAUGACGGGAGCGGCGCCGGUUCAGCUGCAAGUGGCGGGCUUGACGCUGGCUGGCGCGGGCCCUCCUACCGAGGUGCUGUGUCUUCUGAACAUGGUCACACCAGACGAACUGCGUGACGAGGAGGAAUAUGAGGAUAUUCUAGAAGACAUCAAAGAGGAGUGCAACAAGUAUGGUUGUGUACGUAGUAUAGAAAUUCCAAGACCUAUUGAAGGUGUUGAAGUACCUGGAUGUGGAAAGGUAUUUGUCGAGUUCAACAGCAUAGCGGAUUGUCAGAAAGCUCAGCAGACACUUACAGGACGUAAAUUCAGUAACAGAGUGGUUGUUACUUCUUACUUCGAUCCAGACAAGUACCAUCGCAGAGAAUUCUAAAUUGACCACUGCCUAUUCAUAUUAAACUUUUAUUUUUCAUCAAUCAUUACAAACAAUCUGAAAUUGAUGACAUAUUCUUUUUAGUGGAUAAAAUUGAAAAAGGAUAUCUAUUGUCUUUAUUAUAUGAUUACAACAGCUGAAAAUAAAGUAAAUUGUAUUUGGAAA